AUGGGCCCAACCGACCUCCCCAAGGUAGUUCAACGCAUGCUCGCUGUGAAACGCCGAACUGUGUUGAACAAGCCGUUGGUCGAUAGGGAAGAGUGGCUGAAGCUGGUUAGAAUGGAACGCACGGCCUAUCGCCGCGCUCUGGCGCCCCAACGCCUUAUUAUUAUUGAAGCCCUCAAUAUUGACCACGAACCUCAGAAGCACACUCCUGCGUUGAAAGAACCCCUUGGAAAAGACGAGAAUGGAGAUCCUGCAAAUGGCAGUUUCUCAUAUGCAAGCGUGAUCGGAAUGGCCUUGUAUCUUUGCGGACAUUCUCGUCCGGACAUACAAUUCGCCGUGUCUCAAUGUGUGCGAUUCAUCCACGGGUUUAAGCGCUCGCAUGAAAAAGCGCUCAUCAGAAUUGAGCAAUAUUUGAAAUCAUCAGUAAAUGAAGGCCUAAUCUUGCGACCGACCGAUUCAUUUGACAUUGAAUGUCAUGUCAAUGCGGAUUUUGCCGGUCUUUAUUCAGUUGAAGACAUUAUGGAUCCUACAUGCGUCAAGUCAAGAACUGGAUACGUCAUCUCAGUCUGUGGAUGCCCUGUGGUUUGGGUGUCAAGACUACAAACAGACAUUGCCACUGCCACUAUGGAAGCGGAAUACCAUGCGCUGUCUAUGGCAAUGCGUGAUAUCUUACCUCUACAAAGAGUUUUCAAGACGGUAGCUCAAGGACUCGGGCUAUCCAACGAAACGGCCACCUCUCUAAAGACAACUGUGUGGGAAGACAAUAUGGGAUUUCUCAAACUUGCUCGCCUCAAGCCUGGACAAUAG